AUGGCUUUUAAUCAUCUUAAAUAUUCUAAAAAUCACAGUAUGGUAGACUUUUCAAUUAAAACAUAUAUUAAAUAUGAUAAUCUUCAUUUAUAAAUAGUACUAUCUCCAUUGGUACAUAAAUAAAAACUAUAUUAAAUACUAUUUAUAUCAGAUAUCACUAAUGAACUUGAAAUUUCAUAACUUUUAGAAAAUAAUAGAAAUAAUGAUGAUUAUUUAAUUAGUGAUAUUUCAUAAAAAAUAAGAUAACCAUUAAAUAGUACUAUAUCUAUGUUAGAAAUAAUAAUGGUAAUAAAUAAUAUUAAUAUGAUUUUAGAAUACUAUUCCAGUAGAUGUAAGAGAAAAAUACAUAAAUCCAGCUUUGGCAGGUUGUAAAUUAUUAAUUAAUACUGCUAAUGAUAUUUUGGAUUAUGCUUAAUUAUUGAAAAGAACCAAAUUAGAAUUAAUAUUAAUUGAUAUUUAAAUACAUUCAUUUAUAUCUGAUAUAGUUAAUGUAGUUAAAUCUUAAGCUACAUUUAGAGGUCUAAAAUUAAUUGUAACUAUUGAAUAAAAGGUAACUUAAUUUAUUAGAACUGAUCCAAAUAGAUUAAGAUAAAUUUUAAUUGAUUUAUUAGUUACUACUAUAUAAGCUACUAUUAAUGGUAAAAUAAUAUUAUUAGUAAGAAAGUGUUCAUUGAAUUCUGAUCAUAUUGAUAUCAUUAUUAAAGUUAAUGCUUAUGAAACUAAUUUUUAGAUAUUAAAAAUGAUCAAUAAAACAGUAAGGUUUUUUAAAUCUUAAUCUUUAUAAUCUAAAGUUAUAGAAUUAUCAAAAUUAAAAUAAUAUUCAUAAUCUAUAUUAAUAGCUUUUUAUUUAACUAAAUAUUUAUCUUCUAUUCCUUUUGAAUAUGAUUAUGAAAGAAUUGAAAAUUAAGAAAGCCUUUAAUUUAUUAUUAAAGUUUAAAAUCUAAAUACAUAAUUUAAUGAAUUAUUAACACAAAAAAGACUAUCAGUUAUAUAAAAUUAAAAAACCUUUCAUUAACUAUUUGUUAAUAAAGAAGGACUUUAAAGAGUUUUGUCUGAAUUACCAAGUUCAAAUGAUAUAUUAGAUCAUAAAUAAAUAAAGAAGAAUGUAAUUCCUACAUAUGUUGGAAUUAAAGAAAAAUUAAUUGAAUCUGAUUAAAAUGAAUCUGAUUUAUAAGAAGAUGAUGCAAUAUCAAUUGAAUCAAGGAUGGGAUUAUCAAUUAAAGUAGACUAAAUGGCAUAAGCAGAACCAUACUUUUUUGAUUAUAUAAAUGAAGAUAAAAAGAGAUAAGAAAUUUUGAAUUCACAACCUUCUCAAUAAUUAACAUUUGGAGGUUUUGUAUAAGGUAGAUCUUCAAUAUAUUCAUCAUUGGGUUAUUCUAGUGGAAGUAUGUAACCAAAUGAUUUAUUGGAUUGUUUUGAAAAAAUGGAAAAACUUAAAAUGUAAAAAUUUUAAUUUAAUUGUUAAGUAUAAAUAUUUAAUAUUAUUAAAGUGUCCUAAAAUAUUAAUAUGUGAAAGUUUAGAUUUAGAUCUAUAUGCAAUGUCACAUUAACUUGAUAAUCUUGGAAUUCUUUAUGAAUAUAUAACAUAAAGAUAAAUUAUUAUCAAUAGUCUAAAUAAACAUUUAAGUAGAAUAUAACAUUGUUGUAAAGGCUUAGAAUUAUUAUUCAUAGGAGUAGAAUAAUAUGAUGAAGAAUUAUUAUAAUUAUUCACUGAAAUCAAAGAGAUAUAUAACAAAUUUAAAGUAGAACUUAAAAUAAUUGCAUUAAUGGGAGAUAUGCAUUAAGAAAAUAGAAAGGAUAUUAUGAAAUUACCCUUUCAUGAUUUCUUAUCUAAACCAAUAAUGAUAGAUGCAUUAUUAUUUAUUCUAACUAAAUGGAUCAAAAUUUCAUGA